UCUUAUUAUUGUUGUUUGUCAUUGGAUGUUGUUAACUAAAUUUUGUUAUUGGCUAGAUGAUAGUAUCAAUCAAUUUAAUUCAUUAUAUUUGACUAAUUCAUUGUUCUUGACUUCUAUUGGGUUGCUGUUUGAUGAUUAUGUAUUUGGGAAUUUUGAUGAUUGAUGGCAAAUUUUGAUGUUGGUAUUUUAUAUUUGGUUGUUUUUUUAUUUGACUUUUGAGUUUAUAUUUGAAUGAUAUUAUAACAUUAUGGUUGAUCUAAUACUUUUAAUUUGGAUGAUAUUUUAAAAUUUAUAUUACAUUAGAAUUAUGUUUUAAUGUGUUUAUUUAUAUUUUAUUUAUUAUAUUAUUAUAAAAUAGUUAUUUCGGUUGAACCAUCAGUUGAACCGAUUGAACUAAUGAACCAGUAAACCAGUAACUAGAACGGUUCGAUGACCGGUUCAGUUUUCAUAACCUUGGGUAAGAUAUACAAGAUAGGAAAACACUACCGAUACACUUGAAAAUUUUCCUAUAUAAGAUGAGAUCUGUUACCAUAUGGUUAACCUAAUGAUUAUUAUUAUUUAUUUAUGCAUGAAGUUUUAUACAGGAACCGCUUCAUUACAUUCCCAACCCCCAAAAGCUUCACCUUUGUUAACUCAGUUCCUCAACACUUCUACAACCAUUCUUCAUCUCAAACAGACCCAGGCCUUUGCUCUUAAACUCCUCUCUCACCAACCGCAUCAAUACAAUCACUUCUUGGGUCGUUUGUUUCUGAGGAUUCUCCGUCUUAAUGUCGAAAUAUCUAAUCUCUGCUAUGCCCACAAACUGGUUGAUGAAAUGCCAAACUGCCCAAACAGCUUCCUUUGGACAUCCCUUAUUCGCGCGUUUAUAUCUGGUACCCGAUUUUGCCAUGGAAUUUCCACCUAUGCUAGGAUGCACCAAAAUGGGGUCUUGCCAUCUGAGUUUACCUAUUCCACAGUCCUCAAUGCAUGCGGACGUAUCCCCGCCACGUUCGAAGGGACACAAGUUCAUGCUAGGGUGGUGCAGUCAGGUUUCUUGGGGAACAAGUUUGUGCAAACCGCUUUACUUGACAUGUAUGCGAAGUUUGGUAGUGUUUUCGAUGCAAGGGUGGUGUUUGAUGGGAUGUGUGAUAGAGACCUAGUUGCAUGGACGGCAAUGAUUUGUGGGUAUGCCAAGGCGGGGAUGAUGAUUCAUGCGAGGUGGUUGUUUGAUAACAUGGGGGAGAAGAAUUCUUUUACUUGGACUACUAUGGUUGCAGGGUAUGCAAAUAGUGGAGACAUGAAAUCAGCCAAGAAAUUGUAUGAUGCCAUGGACGAGGAGAAUAAGAGUGUGGUCACGUGGGUAGCAAUGAUAGCUGGUUAUGGGAAGAUCGGUAACGUAAGUGAAGCAAAAAGGGUGUUUGAUAGGAUAUCAACGCCACGUGAUCCGUCAGCAUGUGCAGCAAUGCUGGCUUGUUAUGCCCAAAAUGGGUAUGCAAAGGAAGCUAUUGACAUGUAUAAGGAAAUGAGGCAAUCAAAAAUUAAAAUCACUGAGGUUGCAAUGGUGGGUGCUUUAUCAGCAUGUGCACAACUUAGGGAUAUUCAAAUGUCAAGUACAUUGACAGAACAUGUUGAGGAGAGUAUUUAUGAUAGGAUAUGUAUUAUAUCCAAUUCAUUGAUCCACAUGCAUUCCAAAUGUGGAAACAUAAACUUAGCUUGGACGGAAUUCAGUAGAAUGAAAUACAGAGAUGUGUAUAGUUAUAGUGCAAUGAUUGCAGCCUUUGCUGAGCAUGGGAAAUCACAAGAUGCUAUAGAUCUUUUCCUAAAGAUGCAGAAGGAAGGAUUGCAGCCAAACCAGGUUACAUUCGUGGGUCUCCUCAAUGCAUGUAGUUCUUCAGCUCUCGUCGACGAAGGUUGUAGGUAUUUUCGGACUAUGACUGAGGUAUUUGGUAUUCAGCCCUUACCCGAGCAUUAUGCUUGCAUGGUAGAUCUGCUUGGGAGGGCUGGGCAACUUGAAAGGGCAUACUGUCUCAUAAAGCAGAAUGCAAGCGCCGAUGCAACCACCUGGGGUUCUUUAUUAGCAGCUUGCAGGGUUUAUGGCAAUGUGGAAUUUGGUGAGACAGCUGCUAGACAUCUCACCAUGAUUGACCCUGAGGAUUCAGGAAAUUAUGUGCUUCUAGCAAACACUUAUGCAUCGAAGGACAAAUGGGAACAUGCAGAGGAAGUUAGGAAGUUCAUGAGUGAAAAGGGAAUGAAAAAACCUUCAGGGCAUAGUUGGAUACAAAGAGAGAUAAGUGGAUAGUUUAGAGAUGAAAUAUUUUGAUUGUUAAUCUUCUGCAUGUUAGAUACAUUCUUUCUGCCAAUUUAAUGGCAUGAAUUCCUUCUGCAUUUCCAAAGUUCUUUCCAAUGGUGGAUGCUAGAGAAGAAGCACAUUCUUUGUUAAAACAAUGUAAUUAACUUUAGUCUAUUACUAUGGAUUGUACCUUAAAACAAUAGUUGCAAGUAAUUAGAUCACGUUUUCUCUUUGCUUUGUGGAGAUCAA